AUCCCUGAUAGGAAACAUCAACCUAUCAAUCAUCACGUACAAAAGCAAGCACGGCACAGUUUGGACAUGAGCCCAUCAUGGUCACCAUACUUAUACCCCGCAUCCCCGCAAUCCAUGGAAUGAUCUUCCACCCAAAACCGCCUUGAGGGAACCAAAACGUUGAACGAGCAUUCUCAUAAUCGAAGCUGAUAACUGUUCAAUACAACACAACACAAUAUACAGAAAUAAGAUCGUAAACCACGGGCAAAGAUGUCCGGCAAAUCCAACUCCAGCGGCGGCGGCAGCUCCGGCUCCUCCAGCAACUACACGCCCUACACCACCACCAGCACCGGCACAAACAGCCAGGGGAAUAGCUACGACACCCGUAGCCAGCCCUCCGGGUCCGCAUAUCACUACAGCAACACCAACGGGAGUUAUUACUACUCCAACGGCGAUCAGUCGACGUAUUACAACGACGGGAAGGGGUCCUCUUCAUACACGGCGCCUAGUGGGAAAGUGUACAAGAAGUAAUGGCUGUCUGGCAGGGCGUCAGUAAGCGCCGUGGUGGAUGGUGGUCGUCUUGGAACUGCCGAUACUGAGAGCCUGGGGUUCACGGUGUAGCUGCCGAUGGGGGCUACUAUGACUGUCACUACUGCAUUCUGACAUGUCAGUGACACAAGAUGACCUUGUGCGUAAUACAAACUGUCAUAACCUGUGCCAAUCAUGAGUGAGAACACAAUCACAACCACAACCAGAACCUAACAUCAUAAAAAAUAUUCCUUUUAUAGUAACUGGAAAAUAUAAAGCCAAAGACGCAUAUAAUGCGGGACCACAGCUUCUAGGGU